CAUUCACCGUGAUAAUCAUAAAAUUAAUACGGUAAAACAUCAAAAACAUAAAAAUGUUGAAGUUAUUUGCAUCAGUGUUAUUGCUGUCAAUUUUUCUACAAAAUGUUAAUUCUGAACGAAUUCUUGCCGUGGUCAUGACUGCAUCUUACAGUCAUCAGAUGUUUUUCCAACCGUUAUGGAGGGAGCUUGCCAUUCGUGGACAUGAUGUUGUUGUUAUGACCACCGAUCCAACUAAUGAAGUUCUACCAAACUUUAAAGAAAUCAGUAUUCAUGAAUCCUAUGGCCUAAUGAAAGACGUAAGAAAUUUGAUGAUCAACACCAGCCUAAUCGAAAUUCUCUUGAAAGAUAAAUGGAGUGAUCUACAACUGUCUGUAAACAGAUUUCAAAUAGAACUACCAAAAGUUCAAGAACUCAUUCAAAAUAAAUCGGAACAUUUUGAUUUGUUGAUGAUUGAAUAUUCCAUGACGCCAGCUUUAGCCUUCCAACAUCGUUUCAACUGCCCGAUGAUUAGCUUGAGUUCGUUUGAUGGCAUGGAGGUAUCACAUGAAUUGAUGGGGAACCCGACGCAUUCUGUUUUGUACCCAUCAUCGUUAUUUGCAAGUGAUGAAAAUACGUCUUUUCUUAAUAGAAUGAUGUCGGUGGUCAUAGGGAAUUUAUUCAAUACGUUACAAGCAAGAGCUGUGCCUAAAAUAGACGAAUUAACCAGGGAAAGUUUUGGACAGGACACUCCAUCCCUAUUGGAUAUUCUUGAAAGAACUGAUAUGUUAUUUGUGAAUACUAAUCCAGUUUUUAGUGCAAUAAGACCAUUUUCACCAAGCACUAUUUCUCUCGCCGGUGGAAUGCAUUUAAAACCAGAGAAACCUUUACCAAAAAAUUUGAAAGAUUUUUUGGAUAGUGCUAAAGAAGGUGCAAUUUAUUUCAGUUUGGGUAGUAAUGUAAAAAGCAAUGAAUUGACUCCAGAAUUACGAGAAACCAUUAUGAGUACUUUAGCUCAAAUUCCGUACAAAAUUCUUUGGAAAUUCGAAGAUGAUUCUCUUCCUGGCAAACCAGCACAUGUCAUGAUUACAAAAUGGGCACCUCAACAAGAUAUUCUAAGACAUAAAAAUGUUAAAAUGUUUAUUACCCAAGGAGGACUUCAAUCAUUAGAAGAAUCUUUAUAUUCACAUGUUCCACUAGUAGUCAUGCCAUUCUUUGCUGAUCAGUUAUCCAACGCCCAGAAAGUAAAAAACAAAGGAUUGGGUUUAGUAGUGGAUAGACAUAACCUUAAAGUUGAUGAUUUUAAAACCGCUAUCAUGGAUGUCAUGGAGAAUCCAUCGUAUAGGAAUGUGGUCACAAAAUAUGCAAAGCAAAUCCAAGACACUCCAACAACACCCUUGGAAAGAGCUGUUUGGUGGACCGAGUAUGUUUUAAGGCAUAAAGGAGCACAGCAUUUGAAAGGACCUAGAAUUCCCUUUUACCAAUAUUACUAUUUAGAUGUUUUAACUGCUAUUGGAAGCAUUUUUCUAAUUAUUUGCGGUUUAUUAUUUGUCAUAGUUAAAUAUUCUAUCAAAAAGUUGUGUGGGCUUUUUAACUGCAGUAACAGAAAAGUUACCAAAAAUGAUAAACUUAAGAAACAUUAAAUUACAGGCAAAUAUUUUAUGUGAAACGCAUAUAAUUGCAUAAUAAAUAUCUUAUCAUCAUGA